AUGGAUCCAGUCUCUGCCUUCGCUCUGAGCUGCAACGUGAUCCAACUCACCCAGGCUGCUGCUUCUACAGGUCAAGUCAUCUACAAGAUCUACAAGACAGGCAAAAUUGAGGGCAUAGACGAUUUCGGCAAACGACUAGGUGAUCUUGAUAAGCUCCUGGAUGACACGAAGCACUUGUCUCAGCAGCCCGGUUCGCAGGCUCCCAUUGGCAAAUCCAGACAGACUGCUGCACAGAUCUUGCAGACUUGUUCGGAGGAUGCAGCUGUUCUGCGCGAAACCCUCCAGAAGCUGAAAACUCAGCGUGAUGGUCGCCGCUUUGCUUUCGCCAUCAAGGCCGUCUGGACAGGUUCGGCGAGCAAAAUUGAGAACGCAAGACUGAGGCUGGAGAGCUCCCAGAAAUGGCUGACGGCGAGCUUGAUACCGGUCAUGGCGUACGGUCCAUUCGAAAUGAUUGUCAGAAAUUGCAUUCCACGACUUGGACGAAUCGUCGAGAAAGAUGCUGCAGGCGGUAGGCACACGCAUCAGCGAUCUGGAAGCCAGUUGAAGAUCGCCGACGAUAUUGACCGUGGUUUCUCAGCUCAAGCUGAUCUGCAAGCUCAAAUACACCGUCAGGCAAUCUUUGAGCGCGAUCGGGAGCAUAGUCGGUCGCGGCUACUGGAAAGUUUGAGAUAUAGCCAGAUGCACGACCGGAUAAACUCCAUAGAAGAUCACACCGAGUCGACUUUUGACUGGAUCUUCCACCCAGUAUGCGAAUAUGCUAAGGGGAGCUUUGCUAGCUGGCUGUUGAGUACAGACACUCACUUCUGGAUACAGGGUAAAGCAGGCUCUGGUAAGUCGACAUUGAUGAGAAAACUAUGGAGUGAUCAAUCCACCAUCCAGCUACUUUCGCUGGGGUGUGACAUCCGAUCCAGCCUCGUACUCAAGCACGGCUUCUGGCUCCCGGCAGGAAAUGUUCUCCAAAAGAAUUACAAAGGCAUGCUGUUCUGCUUGAUUCAUGGUAUACUUUCCUCAAACGCCUCUGCGAUCGAUUGGCUGCUGGCCGAAAAUCCUUCGCUACGGCUUGUAAAGGAGUACGGCGAUUGGGACGAAAGAAGUCUUCAAGAGACUCUGUUCGCUCUCCUCGGCAAUGAUGAGUUAUUUAGCCGAACGUGCAUAUUUCUUGACGGGCUGGACGAAAUUGGAAGUCCAUCUGAUUACGACAAGAUUCUGGACCUGAUUAAAGGGAUGGCUAGCCUUGACAAGUCGCGCAUCAAGGUCUGUACUUCAAGCCGACCAGAACGACCGUGGUCAGAGAAGUUUCGGUCUGUACACCAACUGAGGCUCGAAGAUCUUACAAAGCAAGACAUCAAGACUUAUGCACGAAAAAAACUAAACGGCAAGCUUCCCGCUGCUGACCAACAACAUACCGGGCUCUCGGCAGAAGGUUUGUUAGAAGAGAUCGUUGACAGAUCAGAAGGGGUCUUCCUGUGGGCGCAUCUGGCAACUGAAACUCUAUUGAAUGCCACCGCUGACGCGUCUCGAACGGAGAUAGAGGACCUGCUCAUGCGUUUACCACGUGGUAUGAUGAAUCUGUACGAAAACAUACUUUCCAGACGAGAAGAGACCGCCGAAUCCGUGAAAGCGGAGACGGCCACCUAUUUGCGACUGUGCUUAGCUUCUGACGACAGGGUUAACAUCGAAGAUAACCGGUUUCCGCGAGAGCCCCUCCUGCUACAUCGUGCGUUAUUGAUCUGGAAGACAGUUUUCAGCGAUGAAGAGCAGUACUGGUGGCGAACUGAUGAGCAGACUUAUCGAACAGACAUGUUGCGCUUCGAGGACCGAAUCCAGGACAUCUGUUGCGGGCUACUCAAGCCUCGAUACGGUCAAAGUCUUGUGCAUUACCCAUACUUUAUGGACAAAAUUGGAAGAAUUCAACGUUGGCCUGGCGUUCGGACGGACGCGGGGGUAGACCGGGAUCUGGCUCGGGACUUGGUUGCUACGAAUUUCGAGUUUUCGCACCGUUCAGUCGCGGACUUUCUAGCCGGAGCUCCCUCUGGCAGAGAAUUCAUGGACCGUUGCGUGUUGACUCCGCAGCAACUGUUAUUCAGUCAAAUCGAUGCUGAGCUAUUACGCUGCAAAAUAUGGCAGAAAUCCCAAGUGGAUCGAAGCAUCGCUUUUCAUGCGGUUAUGGUCAGGGUCGUGAAAGACAUGACCAUAUUUGCAAGGACCAACGCCGGCUCAACAACUGAAGAACAGCUUCUUGAAGCCAUAUAUAGGUUCAAAGCCGCGAUUUCGUCGAUAAGCUCUUUUCACCAAGAACAAGACGGCCUCAGCACCCCUGGCGGAGCUCCUGGUCUUGUCUUUGAUCUUGCCAGAGCUACCAAUUUGAACUUGUUAAAUAAAGACUGCCUCCAUCUUGCGCACGAUGCUGAAGGGCUCUUGCUUGAAUUUGGCAUUGAUGUCUGGUUCCGAGAGAGACUCGAGCCGCGUCUAUGGGCUGCUCAGGCAAGCUCACCGAUCAUGGCGACAACCUAUAAAAACUACCUAUUGCUAUGUGCUACGAAAGGCAACCUUCCGGUCGUCGCACGACGCCUUAUUGAUAGUGGAGCCGACUUCUACGCUGACCAAUAUCUACCAAUCAGUCGUCCUGAGAAGCAUUCGGCAGCCGGAGAACUGCUGAUAAUGUCGGGAAACCACUCUUCAGGACCGAAACCUGACGAUUUAUGCCUCUGGGCGGAGAUAGCCUCGUCUUGCUCAGCCAAAGUCCAGUUCCAGCUUUAUCAACCUUUCUGGCGAAUAUGGGCGGAUUCAACAAUGGAUUUCAUGCGCUUCUUCUACUCCACCGGUCUACACGGCUCACUAAGUUUUGUGCUUGAUGUCUCCGCCAACUUGAACUUAUGGCUUCGUCACGCAGCUUCAAAUGGUCACACCUUGCCAAUCAUCGAUCCCAAUACUUGUGUCGGGUUCGCCAUCAUGCCCGAGAAGUCAGACAGAGAUUUCUCCAUUCAGCCAUUCUUUGCCAAGAGCUGGGGAGGUUUAUCAUACUGCCCCAAAAAGAAACCCGAAGAGCAACUCCAGUUCCCCAAAGCCCUUCCCGCACAGUGCUCCCAGUGUAUGGCGGAUGCGAAUGACGGGUUCUGGAAGCUUUUGCCAGACAUUCUCGAGGUGCAGCUCUGUCACAGGGGCUGCGAGCUUGAUACAGCUUCCGAUGUUGACAAGAUGAUAGACUUGAAACAGCGCCCUACCAUGCAGAGGCAAGAAAAGGUGGCCGCGAUAUUCAGGAAUGGUACGCCAGCAGACAAGGGCUCGCAAGAUCUAGCCAGCACUUCAGGUCGUACGUCCGGGACGGGUACGGCGCAAUUGCAACGAGCCGCUUCACGACCAAAAAGACCGCCGCGAUCUGCUCGCAAACUCGCUGCCGAGUUGGGCUUUUACAAGGAGCCAGCUGAUCCAUGCGUUGCGCAAUGUCCUCUCCCAAUGUUUGAAAGUGUCAGCACGAACUGCUCAUGA